AUGACAGACCACUGGGUGUCUCGCGAGCGGCACUGCUGCAAGUACUGCAAUGUGUGGAUGCCGAGCGAUAAGGGCAGCGUCAGGCACCACGAACAGGGGCGAAAGCACAAGGAAAAGGUCGAAGAAGCGCUGAAACUCAACCGCCGGGCGAAGAGCGAUGCGAGGAAUGCCCACAGAGAGAUCCAGAACCAGCUGCAGCAGAUUGAAGAGGCCGCGCACGCCAAAUUUGAACAAGAUCUGGUCCGUCGCCGCACGAAUGCGCCGUCUUCUUGCUCUGCACCGACCGCUUUGCCUGCUCCACCGCCUCGGAGAACGGGUCAAAGCGAUGCUGUGUUUGGACCGAUUGGGCACAGCAACGACCGAACAGCAGUGUCAAUGGCACGUCGAGAGGAUCGACGACCGGUGGAUCGUGGAGCACUGGAUCGUUCGAAUGGUUUCGACCAAGAGAAGGAGGAAACCGAAGCAGUAGAAGAGCGUGACGAUAACGGUGUGUAUGCUGUGCGAGGUGUCGUGUAUCUCGAAGGCAAAAAGCACGAGACGCAGCUGGAUGCCGGGAGCGCGUGCCAGAUAUGGGUCGAAGAACAAGAGCAGUGGCUGGACGCGCUGGUUGAACAAGCUACGGUGCAUGCAGUCCCGAACACUGAGCUGAGCUUUCGACGCUAUACGAUUGCGUACAUGUUGCCAGCUGUCGGUGAGUGUGUGAAAGACGAAGAGAAGCUCAAGCCAGUCACUGAACGUGAUGUACUAGCGGACCGCCUGCGGAUUCCGCUGCCGGCAAAUGUGACGCUUGAAGCUGCCGAGAAAAUGGUGGGGCAAUGGCGUAACCACGGAGCAGCAGAAGCACCAGCGCGGGCACCUAUAGUGAUUGAUGAACACACUGGUAUGGGCGAAUGGAACACAGUGGAAGUGCGGCAGAUCGACGAGAGCUCGGAGGCUGUAGCACAACGUGCGAAGGAAACGGAAGAAGAGGCAGCGCGACAUAUUGACGAGCAGCAGCGUCUCGAUGCGUUGGAGGAUCUUUCCUCGCAAGGAGACAAUGCGCUGGGUGCAUUCAACCCAUGGGGUGGUACUUACAAGGGCGUCAACUUAGAUAGUGCUGCUGAUGCGACGGUGUAUGGCGAUGUAACAACACCCUGCGGUGAAGAGGAGAUCAAUGUGACUGCUAGUAGAAACGUCAGCUUCAAGACGCGCGGUCAGAAGAAGCCGAAACGUCGGAGGAUACGCACUGAUGAUGACGACUGA